AUGUCGUGCGUUUUUUUGACCACAAUUUGGGACACUUUGGAUCGCGACCCGCUUUCCCUCGACUUCCAGAAACCGAACGCCGCGAUGCUCUCCUUCAGACCUCUAUUCGGGGGCAGAAACCACAUCCUCUUCAACCUCUACUCGGGUUCGUGGCCUUCGUAUCGCGAGCUCGACUUCGCCUUCGGCCACAAUUACGGCCCAAUCUCGCAACUGCUGCGCAACGCCCUCCUCAUCAAAGCCAGCCAAUCGCGCGCCUCCUAUCGCCACGGCUUCGACGUCGCCCUCCCCCUCUUCGCGCGCAACCACGUGACGCGGGGGCCGCCCUUCGUGGCCGAGCAGCGCCCCUCCGCCCCCGCGGCCGCCACGAGCGGUCAGUACCUGUUGGUGUUCAAGGGCAAGCGCUACACGUAUGGCAUCGGGAGCGAGACGCGCAAUUCGCUGCACUUCCUGCACAACGGCCGUGACGUCAUCAUCCUCACCACUUGCAAACACGGCAAGAAGAGCGUGAAGGACGCCGACUGCGACCGCGACGACCAGCGCUACGACGACCACGACUACCGCGCGCUCAUGCGCAACGCCACCUUCUGUCUGGUGCCCAGGGGGCGCCGCCUCGGCUCCUACCGCUUCCUGGAGGCGCUGCAGGCGGGGUGCGUGCCGGUGGUGUUGGCCAACGAGUGGCUCCUCCCCUUCCACGAGAUCAUCCAAUGGCGCGACUGCGCUGUGAUCGCCGACGAGCGCCUCCUCUUCCAAAUCCCCGAAACCUUGCGUCAAAUCUCGCGCCAAACCGUCGCAACAAUGAGAGCCAAGUGUCUCGCGCUUUACGACACGUACUUCUCUUCCGUGGAGCGCAUCGUUCUGACGUCACUCCUCGUCAUCGAGAGUCGCAUUCAUCCGCAGCGCGCGCCCCCAAGAACGCAGUGGAACCUGGCCACGCCCACCAUGGCCGUAGUGGUCGGCCAAUCACAGCUCGGCGUUCGCGACCCGCUCGUCGCGCAGCUGUUGGCCGAAGAGCCGAACGGCACUUCGCGCGCGUUCACCGUCAUUGUUGACGUGAAGGACGCGAAUGACGUCACGAGCAAUCUGCACCGAUUGUUGACGCGCGUGCUCUCCGCCUCGCCGCUCGUCUCUCGCGUGCUGUUGGUCGCGAAGAAAGGCGUAAAACUUCCCGAACUGGACUCGCGACUGGUGCGCGUGGUGGAGCGCGACUCUGCCGGCGCGCGCUUCCGCCCUCACACUCUGGACACUGAGUGCGUGCUCCAACUCUCCGCUCAUUCGCUGCUUUCCUCCCAAGAGCUCGAGUUCGGAUUCAGUGUUUGGCGCGCGUUUCCCCAGCGCGUGGUCGGCUUCGCGGCACGUGACCACUUCUGGGCGGACGGCGCGUUCGAGUACUCGUCCAAAUGGACCAAUCGCUACUCUCUCGUGCUCACAGACUCCGCCUUCUACCACAAAGCUUUCAAUCACUUGUUUUCCGACUUUUUCGCCAACAAUGACUCGUUUCUCGCGACAGAAGACGAAGAAUGCGUGGAUUUCGCGUUCUCAUUCCUCGUGAGUCACGUGACACGAGAAGGCGCGAUAAAAGUGACGCAACGGAAGACGAGUUCCAACGCGACGCUCUCGUGGCAGGAGUUCCGCGACCGCAAGUCCUGUUUCCGGAAACUGCAGACAUUGUUCGGCUAUCUGCCAUUGAUUGAGAGUCGCGUGCGCUUCGAUCCCCUCCUAUAUAAAGACUCGGUUUCUGUAAAACGCAAAAAGUAUCGCAAACUCGAACAUUGCUCGCGACAACAACUCCCCUGCAAUGGCCUCGGCGUCGGGUCCCUACAACUACUCCUACAUCUUCAAGUACAUCAUCAUCGGCGACAUGGGCGUCGGCAAGAGCUGUCUGCUCCACCAGUUCACCGAGAAGAAGUAAUCGGCGUCGAGUUCGGCACGCGCAUCAUCGAGGUGUGCGGCCAGAAGAUCAAGCUGCAGAUCUGGGACACGGCCGGACAGGAACGCUUCCGAGCCGUGACGCGCUCCUACUACAGGGGCGCCGCGGGCGCGCUCAUGGUCUACGACAUGACGCGGCGCUCCACCUACAACCACCUGAGCUCGUGGCUGACGGACGCGCGCAACCUGACCAAUCCCAACACGGUCAUCUUCCUGAUCGGCAAUAAGUGCGAUCUGGACGCCCAGCGCGACGUCACGUACGACGAGGCGAAGGCGUUCGCCGACGAGAACGGACUCACGUUUUUGGAGACGAGCGCCAAGACGGGCGACGGCGUGGAGGAGGCGUUCUUGGAGACGGCCAAGCGCAUCUUCCAGAACAUCCAGGACGGCUCCCUCGACCUGAACGCCGCCGAGUCGGGCGUCCAGCACAAGCCCAACCCCGUGCUGUCGGCGCAGGCGCUCAGCGCCGGAAGAGAGGGCGGCCGCGACGGCGGAGGCGCGUGUCAGUGUUAAUUGUUU